AUGAAUCGCCUGGAUGCAACAGAGCCACAACGGCCACUUGGGCCAUUAUUGCGCGAGGAUAACACGAAUGAAAAUUAUAGUCGGGCAAUUGUCCUCAAAGCACAAAAGGCGAAGUCAUGGAACCCUCUAAGGCUUGUUGCUAUUGGCUCGAUAUCUAUAGCGCUUUGGGUUGCGAUAAGAGCAAGAGACCUAAUCCAGCGUCAAGAUAUCGAUCCACUGGACUUUGCAGCUCGAACAUCCAAGGUGUUAUCAGAGAUACCUCUCAUAGACGGACAUAACGAUCUCCCGUUUCUUGUUCGACUACAGCUCAACAAUCAGAUUUAUGGUGGCAAUCUUCCAUUUAGCCAGGGACUUGCAUCUCACACAGAUCUCAAGCGGAUGCACCAAGGCAAAGUGGGUGGGCAGUUUUGGUCGGUGUUUGUAGAGCAUAGCGUUCGUGACACCCUUGAGCAGAUUGAUGUGGCAAAGCGCUUGGUAGCGGAGUACAGCGAGUUACAGUACUGCGAGACAGCAGCAUGUGCUCGGCAAGCCUUUAAAUCAAAGAGAAUAUCCUCUAUGCUUGGUGCUGAAGGACUUCACCAAAUCGGCUCAUCCAUUGCCGUGAUCCGGCAGAUGUACGAGCUCGGAGUGCGUUAUAUCACUCUAACUCACAAUUGUGACAAUGCAUUCGCUACUGCAGCUACAACAGUGACAGAGACAGGAAAAGACAAUGGACUGAGUGAUUUUGGACGUGCUGCAAUACACGAGAUGAACCGACUAGGUAUGAUGAUAGAUCUCUCACACACAUCACACCGGACAAUGCGGGAUGCCAUAGCUGUGACUCGGGCACCAGUGAUAUUUUCCCAUUCGGCGUGUUAUGCGCUUGCAAAAAGUUUGAGAAAUACCCCCGACGAUGUCCUUCAAAUGCUCCGACGAAAUGGUGGUGUGAUCAUGAUCUUCUUUGCGAACAAGUUCAUUCGGCCCGAUGACCCGGCAAAGGCCAGUUUGGAAGACGUGGUGGAUCACAUAUUCCAUGCUGCCUCCAUUGCCGGCUGGGACCAUGUUGGAAUUGGCAGUGAUUUUGAUGGGACACCUUCCGUUGCUGUUGGGAUCGAGGAUGUCUCGGCAUACCCGAAGCUCAUAGAAGCUAUUAUGCGACGUGGUGCAACCGAUGAUCAGCAUGCGAUCACCGACAACCUUGCGCUCGGUGUGUUGGGCGAGAAAUCCCCCAUCAAUGCCUCUACAGGAAGAAUGCAUUUAAGCGCACUCGACCCUCCUUCACAUCCCAAUCUCCAGGGAUGCAGCAUCCGGCCAACUCUCCCACCAAAUCGACAGCCCAAUACGGGCUAUCAGGGAUCUUCUUCUCUGGACUCAUUAUUGGGCAAUGUGCGCCAGCAAACAAUGUUGCUAGGUGAUCUGGAAGCUGGUUCAGCCUUCCUUCCGGUCGGGCGGGACGAUGAGGGGCCAGCGGACGCUACUGAUUUCAUGAACAAUGCUUCGACAAUCGAGGGAGCACAGCUGUUGGAAACACUUGCCAGCUCUAAAAUAAAUAACACCAUUGCGCACUUUUUCUAUGACUGGAAGGGAAAUGGACUCGAGUCGCAUGUCGGCGCAUUCCUGGUUCAGCCCUUCGCUGAUGCAGUCAUUGAAGAAAUUGUCACCGUACAGCGUUCUGAAAAUUUUCGAUCCGAUCUGUUAGCCUUGUCUCAGCGUUUGUUUGAAAAUAGCAGCCGCAUCGUGGAAAUACAUCGUUUGAUGACUCUGCAGGACUUCAUCAACCAGUACACGGGUCCGAAUCUCCGUUGGGAGACAAUGGGAGUAAUCCUCACACUUGUUGGCAUUGCCGCAACUGAGUUUCGUGCACCGUACGCUCUAUACCGAACAGAACAAGAACGGCAGGCCCUAAGGACGGACCUGAUUCAAUUUGGAAACAAAUGUUCAAUAUUUUGCGAGGCACUGGACGUCCUCAAUGACGUUCAUAUUCUCUUUCUAUAUCAGACAUUUCAGGUUCAGUCUGUUUUUUACGGAGACCAAAGUACGCUCCAAGCUGAUUUCCUCAGUGUACAUCAAAUUGACAAGUCAGUAGGUCUCAAAACGUGGCGUCGCCUCAACGAUGCAGCAUGUGCUCUACUUGCCGCUGGGCUCCAUGAGAGCAUCCAGGAACCACGCGAUACUCCGUUCUUUCUAGUUGAAGUACGAAAACGUAUCUUUUCCCGCUUAUACAGUAUCGAUAUCAGCUUAGCGGCAUUUCUCGGACGACCACCACGCAUGACGAAGAAAUUUUGCUGUAUAAAAUUGCCUCUGGAUAUUGAUGAAAAGUGCUAUUCAUUAUCGGACACUACUCUUACUAGAGAGUUGGAAAAACUUGACCUCGCCGGAUGGAAUUCGCAGGGCCAUAUCCGAGCAAGCGCCGUUAUGCGAUGGUCAACUACUACAGCAAUGAUUCGAGAAGAGGCAUUGGAAUUGCUUCUGGGCGGGAACAUAUCUAAUAUACAACAACGAAUAAUCGACUUGCACCACGAAAUCAACCAGGCAUGGGAGAACCUUCCCUCCUUUCUAAGAGUGUCAGCUCAUGAACUUUGGGGAAGCGAAAGGCCCCGCACAGAAAUGGAGUGCUUACACAUGAUUCGGAUUUUAUACCUACAGUCUACGUUCUUGAUUGAAUGGACGGCAUGGCGACAUGGAAUUGAACAGACAAGCCUAUUCCAAUCGGCAAUGGAACUAAUAUGCUCGGUCAACGAUGCCUUAGUCCGACGGGAACAACUACCAAACCUUGGGUUUAUAUCCCUUGCCUGGAGAGUGGCAUCGUGUGCUCUCCCAGCGGCUGGGGCCCUCGCACUAUAUCUUCUACAGCCAUCAUCCCGAUGCCGGUUCAAGGAACUAGACCCACCGUCUCGACGACAGGUGAUCGAGAAUCUCUCUGUUCUAAUUGCGCAUAUGGAUAUUUUGCAUAGUCCCCACGAUGGGAAUUUCAAAUUGUUUUCUCAGGCAAAACGCUCUCUCCAGUCUGUUGUGGACAUGCUGUUACAGCCGCUGAAUCCACUUGGAAUGGAGACAUCGUCUACAAGCCUGGGUGCCGAGAUGCCCUCCGCUGAUUGGAUGGUGCCUGACUAUUGUGGAUUUGAUGGUGAUUUCUGGUAA